AUGUCUUCCAACUCGGCAACUGGACUCGGCUCGGACAACAAGGCACUUGGCGAGGGCUCCGUCGGCGGACAGCAGUUCUCGGGACAGGGAAAGGACAGUCAGUCGGGCGGGAGGGAGAUGAACGAUUCCGAGAGCAGCAUGAAGGGUGAUACCUCCUCGCAGCCCAACGUCAACAACGAAUACCCCGCCAACGCCGGCGCCGGCGCCGACGUCAAGACCGACUCGGAGAGCAAGAAGUUCUCCAACGAGGGCUCGUCCGGUGCGACGACCGCGGACCUCUAG